AUGGCCCAGCAACGAGGGCAAGCAAUGGGAGACUCCCUCAAGACGGCACACUCCGUCAGCCUAAAGGUUCUGCGAUUGUCUCGUCCAUCUCUCGCGGUGCAGCACCCUCUCCCGAACUCCAAAGACCUAGGCAUAUCGCCCAAGGCGUCGCUCGCGUACCCCACACCGAACGACACCAAAGACCAGUUCGUCCUCAGUCCCGUGUUAAACCUUCCUGAGGCGUUUGGUAGCGCCUACGUCGGCGAGACCUUCUCCUGCACUUUAUGCGCGAACAACGAGCUCGAUCCAUCCGACAACACAAAGGCGAUUAGUGGCGUGAGGAUACAGGGCGAUAUGCAAACACCGUCAAAUCCUGCGGGGUCGCCCCUAGAUCUGUCUGGUCUACAAGAAGAAGCAGAGAACGUGUCCCCAGGGCCAGCGGAAUCAUUACAACGUAUCCUACGAUUUGAGCUCAAGGAAGAGGGCAACCAUGUCUUGGCUGUGACUGUCACAUAUACAGAGACCGCACUAGGAGAAGGAAGGGCAGCGAGCGGCAGAGUCCGAACAUUUCGCAAAUUGUACCAGUUCGUGGCUCAACAGUUAUUGAGUGUGCGCACCAAAGCUGGAGAGAUUGGGCAGAAGAGUGGAUCUUCUCGAUACCUCCUGGAGGCACAACUGGAGAACAUGGGCGAAGCUGCAGUCUGUUUAGAGGCAGUCAAUGUAAACCCGAAACCACCCCUCAGAUCUACGUCGCUUAAUUGGGAUAUGCAAGCCUCACGUAUCAAUGCGCCGAUAUUGAGCCCACGGGAUGUGGUGCAAGUCGCGUUCCUUCUCGAACAUGGGCCCAGCGACAAGGACGAAGAGAUGACAGGUUCCAUGACGGAAGACAACAAAAGAGUGCUGGGUCAGCUUGCUAUCCAAUGGCGGAGCGCAUUGGGCGACAGGGGCUCUCUCAGCACCGGAUGGCUUACGGCUCGGCGCUGA